AUGCUUUCUUCAGCUGCUGCAAGGUACUCCUCCUCCACCAAAUUUCCUGUCUUUGCUACUUAUAACUUCCUUCACUCUUUCUCUUGUUCCCUCACUCGCAAAUAUUAUCUUCAUUCCCACUCCCCAAAACCCAACAACAUCAGCGACGCUGUUGAUACAGUCACUCGCCUGCUCCACAUGUGGCCCCCUCCCUCUAGAAGCCAUAUCAAUAAGAUUUUAGGGUCUAUAGUGAAGAUGAAACAUUAUCCCCAGUCAGAUGGAUUUUGCUUUCUCUACACUCAGGAAAAUUUUCAAGAUGGGCUAUCAACCAGCCGCUGUAGUUUUGACUACACUAUAAAAGGACUCUGUUUUAAUCAAAAUGUUGGCAAAGCUCUAGAUUUCUACGAUGAAAUAACUUCAAAAGGAUUGAAGUUAGAUGAAGUUAGUUAUGGAACAUUAGCAAAUGGGCUGUGUAAAAUGGGGAAAACAACAUCUGCUCUUAAAUUGCUUAAAGUAAUGAGGAGACGCCUUGUUAAGCCCAAUAUAGUUAUAUACAGCACAAUCAUUCAUGCGCUUUGUAAAGAAGGACUUGUUAAUGAUGCACACAAUCUGUCUUUUGAAAUGACUGAUCAUGGGGUACCUCCAAAUGUUGUUACUUAUAAUAAUCUAAUCCAUGGCUUUUGUCGGAUGGAUCAAUGGCAGCAAGCAAAUCAAUUACUCAAUGAAAUGAUAUCGAAAGGCAUACAACUAGAUGUUUAUACCUUCAACAUCAUUGUUGAUGCAUUAUGUAAAGACGGAAGGAUUGUACAAGCUCAAGCUGUAUUUGCUAGGAUGGUGAAGAGUGAUCAGAGACCUGAUUUUGUUACAUAUAAUGCUUUGAUUGAUGGACAUUGUUUGACCAAUAAUAUCAUUGAGGCUAAGAAAGUUUUUAACAAGAUGGUUGAAAAUGGUUUGGCACCUCACAUUAUUAGUUAUCACAUUUUGAUCAACACAUGCUUUAAGAUGAAAAUGGUGGAUGAAGCGAUGGAUCUUUUUAAGGAAAUGCAUUCCAGAAAUUUGGUUCCUAUAUCUUUGGCUGAAGAUUAUCAACUAAAUGUGCGCACCUAUACUGCCAUGAUUCAUGGACUUUGCAAAGAGGGUUUUCUUGAUGAAGCCGUGGCCUUGCUUGAUAGAAUGGAAGAGAACAAUUGCCUUCCUGAUUCCAUAACUUUCAACAUUAUUAUUCGAUAUCUUCUUGAAAACAAUGAGAAUGACAAGGAAGUUAAGGUUCUUAGUAGAAUUAUUGAUAGAGGCGUGCUGAAGAAAUAA